UCAAAAAAAAAAAAAGAAAAUAGAAGUACCAGGGAAAAUGUACACCUAUAUUUUUAAUUUUGAAAAGCAAAGAUUCUUUUCAGAAUGACUCCAAAUGUGAAUCCAGAGAAAAAAAAUAUCAAAACCUAUGAACAAAUAACAAAGCAAUAUAUACACAAAUAAGGCUAAUGAACCAGUGGGAAAAAUGAAACUGAAAUAAAUGGAGAAAAUACAUUAAUAGGCAAUUAAUGAAAUAAUUAUAAACAUCUAGUAAACAUAAAAAAAGAAUGAAAAUAAAAACAUAAUCUUGGCUGGAUAUGAUGGCUCGCGCCUGUGGUCCCAGCUACUCAGGAGGCUGAGGCAAGAGGACGGCUUGAGCCCAGGAGGUCGAGGCUAUCAUAAGCCAUGACUGCAGCACUGCACUCUAGCCUGGGCGACAGAGCGAGACCCUGUCUCAUAAAAAAUAAAUAAAUAAAUAAAAGAAAAGAAUUUUAAAAACCUUAUUGAUAUCUUUUGUCUUAGAACUUUACUUUUUAAGAGUAUUUACAUAAGUGCCCAAAUGAACAAAGAUGUUCAUUUCAGCAUAAUAAUUAGGAAUUUUCCACAUCAGGAACAUUACAACUCAUCCAUCAAUGAAGGACUGCUUAGGUAAAUAAUAACAUAUUGAUAAAAUGGAAUAUCAAACAGCUGACAAAAAGAAUAAUACAGAACAAAGAUGCCAAAAACACACUGUUAAUGAAAAAUGCUAGCUAUAAAACACAACGUAUCUUCCUACGAACUCACUUUGGUACACUAAUAGCAAAAAUGUGGUAGCAACACUACCUAAUUAUUAACAGUAGUUAUUUCUGGGAGAUGGAAUUCUUGAGGGCUGUUACUUUUCACAUUAGUUUUUCUAUUUCUAGUAAUUUUUCUUUGAACAUUUAAACAUUUUUAAAAUAACUGUCAAAUGUAUAAUUUGAAAAAAAGAUUAAAAUUUCAAUAACAAAUAUUCUAACCUAAAUUAUUUACUUUGAAAUAAUAAAAGAAUUAGUUUAUUGAUGAUGCAAAUAUCCUACCCCAUCGAUGCAGCAAACAUCUGUAAAAAUUUCCUAAUAUUUGGUUAAUCCUGUUUUAUAAUUUGCUCUUUGAUUUUCAAUACUUAGCUGCUGUUACAUACAGCAUAUGUGUUUUUAAGAAACAAGUUAAAUCAUUUUAGCUAAGAUUAAUAUUGAUUGAUCUGUGAUAGAGAAUAUAAACUUAUGUGUAAUCCAGUCACUUUUUUUUCUGAUGGAGGAUACUGUAACUCAGAUAUACUAAAAGAUGAUUAAUAGUUAAUUACAUUUGAAAAAUAAACUAUAUCCUUUCAUAGCUGAAUGAGUUAAUCUAAUUAAUGAUUUUCUUCCCUGUAAAUUACCUUAAAAACUGAUGGUAGACCUUCAUCAACAGAUCUGAGUAACAGUACAACAGAAAAUGCAAGCAACUAAUUAGUUGUUUCUUUUGAAAAUUCAUGUAAGUUGAUCUCCCCGUGGCUUAAAUGAUCUCUUAUGCGGGGACCCUCCUGAUGGUUCAGGAAAUCCCAGAGAAAUUCCUUUCAGAAAUUAAACAGAGAAAAUGUUUUUUUAGUAUCCACAGCAGAGAUCCGUGCCUGGUGUUGCUAACAGAAGGAAAGAGUGCAUCCAUCAAGUCCUCUGAAGCCCUGGGUGGGACCCUGCUGCGGAGAGCUGUUCUCCUACACCCACAGCUGGAGAGACUGUGGGGGAAGGCAGAGCUGCCCAGUGGGUGUACAGCGCCCCCAAACCCGGGGUAUCAUUCCUAAUAUCCAGGCGGGAAGAAGAUGACAUGGCUGACAAUAUCGAAGUGGGUGGACACUUCUUCAGUGAUAUGGUUCCUCUUAUCCAGGAGAAAUCAUAUGGUACAGAGACUGUGUGAAAGCAAAGAAGGUAGUCAGUAUGGACAAGCUGUCAGCCACAUUCCAAAUCUUGAUCUGAAUGAGAACAUUUCUACUGGAUUAAAACAAUGUGAAUGCAGUAUUUGUGGAAAAGUCUUUGUACAUCAUUCCCUCCUUAAUAGGCACAUCCUAGCUCACUCAGGAUACAAACCAUAUGGAGAGAAGCAAUAUAAAUGUGAACAGUGUGGGAAACUCUUUGUUUCUGUUCCAGGUGUUAGAAGACACAGGAUAAUGCACAGUGGAAAUCCAGCUUAUAAAUGUACGAUAUGUGGGAAAGCUUUUCAUUUUCUCAAUUCAGUUGAAAGACAUCAGAGAACUCACACAGGAGAAAAACCCUAUAAAUGUAAACAAUGUGGUAAAGCGUUCACUGUUUCCGGUUCUUGUCUAAUACAUGGACGAACUCACACUGGAGAGAAACCCUACGAAUGUAAGGAAUGUGGGAAAACACUCAGAUUUUCUUGUUUUAAGAUGCAUGAAAGGACUCACACUGGAGAGAGAUGUACCAAAUGUGAUAAAGCCUUCAGCUGUUCCACUUCCCUUCAUGACCAUGGAAGCAUUCAUACUGGAGAGAGACCCUAUGAAUGUAAACAAUGUGGCAAAGCCUUUAGUUGUUUGAGUUCCCUUUGUAACCAUAGAAGUACUCAUACUGGAGAGAAACCCUAUGAAUGUAAACAAUGUGACCAAGCCUUCAGUCGCCUCAGUUCCCUUCACCUCCACGAAAGAAUUCAUACUGGAGAAAAACCCUAUGAAUGUAAGAGAUGCGGUAAAGCCUACACUCGUUCCAGUUACCUUAUGCGCCACUAAAGAAGUCAUGAUAUAGAGGUUGGGUGUAGUGACUCAGCCUAUAAUCCCAGCACUUUGGGAGGCCAAGGUGUGUGUAUUGCUUGAGCCCAGGAGUUCAUAACCAGCCUGGAUUAAAACAAUGUGAA